GCACAUUAUUCGCCUGGUCUACUGAACUCCUCCCUCUCCCUCUUUGCCCCUGGGUGGGCUGGCGUCCACAGCGCUGCCCCGGACCUUCACGGCCUCCACAAGAGCCCCCAGAGCUCCCGCCCAUUACCGGCCAUGACGUCACAGGUUUGUGUCCAAAACCAGCCGACGUUUGCCCAUCGGCAGGGUCAAGAGCGCGAGGAGGAGCGGGAGAGGAGGACCAGGAGCCUUUUGUACCACCGCACCCAUCACACCUCCAGCGUCCAUGUCAAGCGUCCCCGCGGCUGGCUCAUGGAGGUCCUGAAGGUGCAGUCCCACCUGGAGAACCCCAACAAGUACCACAUCCAGCAGGCUCAGCGGCAGCAGGUCAGGCAGUAUCUGUCCACCAGCCUGGGGGGCAAAGCCGGCAGCCAGUGCCCCGGCCAGCCGCCCGAGCACGGCAUGCCGCCCGGGCACGGCAGCAGUGCCCCCAACAGUCCCAUGGCCCUGCUCACCCUCAGCUCCAACUGUGAGAAAGAGAUGGACGACGUCAUCGAUGACAUUAUAAGCUUGGAGUCGAGUUAUAAUGAUGAUGUUCUCGGCCUUAUGGACCCGGGACUCCAGAUGAACAACCCGCUCCCUGUGUCUGGGAACCUUCUCGAUGUGUACGGCAGCCAAGGGCUUCCCCUGCCGGGCCUCGCUAUCAGCAGCUCCUGUCCAAGCAACAUCAAGAGAGAGUACCCAGCUCCUGGAAUGAAGCAAGUGCUGGACAAGUCUGAUACCUGUGGCAUGUAUGAAAACUACCAGAGGCAGGAGGGCUUCCCCGUAGAGGCUGAAGUCCGGGCUCUCGCUAAAGAGAGGCAGAAAAAAGACAACCACAACUUAAUUGAACGGAGACGGAGAUUCAACAUCAACGAUCGCAUCAAAGAACUGGGAACCUUGAUACCGAAGUCAAACGAUCCAGACAUGCGCUGGAAUAAGGGCACCAUUCUCAAAGCCUCGGUGGACUACAUCAGGAGGCUGCAGCGGGAGCAGCAGAGAGCCAAGGAGCUCGAGUGCCGACAGAGGAAAGUGGAGCACGCAAACCGCCAUCUGCUGCUUCGUAUACAGGAGUUGGAAAUCCAGGCCCGUGCCCAUGGUCUUACAGUGGUGUCCUCCUCGCCUGUCUGCACAUCGGAUUUGAUGGGCCGAUCCAUUAAACAGGAGCCCGUCAUUGGCGACUGCCCCGUGGAGCUGUACCAACACAGCUCGGGCCCAGACAUGUCCCCUCCCACCACGCUGGACCUCAACAACGGCACCAUCACCUUCGAUCAUGUUCCUGCAGACGGCGGGGACGCUGGUCCCUAUGGAAACUCCAGGACAUGUAACUUGAAGGAUUUGGUGAGGGACACCCUGUCGCCGAUGUCCCCAAGUGAUCCCCUGCUGUCCUCGAUGUCCCCAGAAGGCUCCAACGCUAGCAGCCUCCACAGUUCCAGCUCGAGUAUGGAUGAGAAGGAGCAUGGCUGUUAGCACGCUGACACUUCCCAUCACAUCGAUGACGUCCUCAACACUAAGUGGAUCAGUUAUUUCAUAAACACUUUAUUCAUCUUAAAUCCAUAUUUUUCUUACAUUUCGUUGCGAAUUCAUUGCUGAUCCACAAUGUUCAAAAUAAUUGUACAGCUUUACCAUUCUUUUGAUCUUGGAUUCUGUAUAAAAAUAAAUAAAUAUAUUGGC